UUUCCUCAGUAGAUAGUCGCUGCUGCUUCUCUGUAAUCGGAUUCCGACGAUCUCUCGCCGAUGUCUUCCCCUGCGUUCGAGAUCCCUCCGAAGGGUGGGUUCAGCUUCGAUCUCUGUAGAAGAAAUGAGAUGAUUGCGAAAAAGGGUGUUAAUCCCCCGUCUUUUCGGAAAACGGGAACUACAAUCGUUGGGUUGAUCUUCCAGGAUGGUGUCAUUCUUGGGGCAGAUACUAGAGCAACUGAAGGGCCCAUUGUUUGUGAUAAGAAUUGUGAGAAAAUUCAUUACAUGGCACCAAACAUAUACUGCUGUGGAGCAGGAACUGCUGCUGAUACUGAAGCCGUAACUGACAUGGUUAGCUCACAGCUGCAGUUACAUCGCUAUCACACUGGUAGAGAGUCCAGGGUUGUUACAGCAUUAACCCUUCUAAAAAGACACCUUUUCAACUACCAAGGUUAUGUCCAAGCUGCUUUGGUGCUUGGUGGUGUUGACUGCACCGGACCCCAUUUACAUACUAUAUACCCUCAUGGAUCAACUGACACGUUGCCAUUUGCUACAAUGGGUUCUGGUUCUCUUGCUGCAAUGGCUGUAUUUGAGUCAAAGUAUAGAGAGGGAUUGACUAGAGAUGAAGGAGUACAGCUUGUAUCUGAGGCUAUAUGUUCUGGUGUAUUCAACGACUUGGGAAGUGGAAGCAAUGUUGAUGUUUGUGUGAUAACCAAGGGACACAAGGAAUAUCUGAGGAACCACCUACUGCCAAAUCCUCGCACCUAUGUCAGUUCAAAGGGCUUUUCUUUUCCCAAGAAAACUGAGGUCCUGCUAACAAAGAUAACUCCACUGAAGGAAAAAGUGGUAGUGAUCGAGGGAGGAGAUGCCAUGGAAGAGUGAAAACCAUCAUUAUGUGAGAAACAUGGGUUUUAAAUUUGGUCAAGUUGUAAUUCAAGGUUUAAAAAACAUUGAAGACACUUGUUCACAUGUUACUAGAACAGCACUAUAGCCGCAGCUGUAGAACAUCUAAGUACUUUUCACUUGAUCAAUGUUCUGGACACAAUUAAGAUUUGAGUGCUUUAUUAUUAUUAUUAUUUAUUUUAAGCCUUUUGCUGUGACAAUUAAGUUUUGUCAUCUGU